AUGUGUUUUUUGAGUUUUGUACUGGCAGGCUUUCCCGACAUCGUGUGCUUCGAACAGACGGGCCAGCGCGCCAGAUCAGAGGAUCGGCGCGAGCAGCUACUCCAGGCCCUGCAAAAGGGAGACGCCGAGCGUCUGCAGAAGCUUUGUGCCGUGGCCCUCUCGGAUCCUGCGCUGGCCAGUACAGACCUUGUUGCCACUUGCAAGAAGCUGCUCCGCCACCUCCUGCACUUCCGGAAGGUCUUGAAGGAAGGCCGCACGUUUCUUCAAGGCGUUCCGUGGGAUUAUCCAGCAGAGCAAGUCGACAUCAAUGUUGGCCUGCUGCGGAACUCACAGUGGGGAGCUGGCAUCUGGGAUGACGAGCUAUUGGCCAAGGCCAAAAUCAUGAAGGAUGCCGAUCUCCUGAAGCUGCUGCGUUCCGUGCGGCCUUUGAACGAUGAUGGCUCCCUGAAGACUCGGGUAGACACUCAUCGCUGCAUAAGGGCUUGGUUGACUCUCACUGAAGCAGGCGUGCUAAGUGAACACCUGUCCAGGAUGCUUCUCUUGCGCCUGUGCGAGUGCGGCAAAGCUGGCGUCGCCUUGGGAAUGGCUUUGGCUGAGCCGUGGUUUCUGUUGCAAUAUGGUGGAGGUGUGCAGCUGGCGUUCGUUAUGGAGGCGUGA